AUGGCAGCAAGGGAUUAUAAAGGAUGCUAUGAAGGUUUGGAUGACAUCUUUUUGGAUGGGAAUAAAUAUGUGUGUAAGUUGGAGCCGAAUUGGGCGAGGAAAGCCAAGGAAGAGUUACAUGAAAAUCCUACGGAACGAGACGCAGCUGUGGAUCAGUUUAGACAGUGGAUCAAACAACAACCACAUUAUUCCGUGUGCACAGACAAGAAUUUUCUGCUGCAAUUCCUGAGAAGAUGCAAGUUCAGUCAGCUUGAAGCUAGGAAGAUGUUUGAUAUCUACCAUAGCAAGAUUUACGAGCAAUUGCCGACCUGGAUGUGUAACAUUAACACUAGGAGUGAUGCUAUGAAAGUCCUAUUCCUCAGAGACAUGCCUCUGGUCAUAUUGCCUGACAGGGACAGUGAAGGACGCAGGGUGAUCAUUUGGAGAGCAGGUGGUUUCCAGACUGGUAAAGGUUGUGGGUUUCAAAAAGAAGACCUGUUUAGUUACUUUGGAGCCUGUUUCAUGUGUAUGAUAAGGGAAGAAAUGACCCAGGUGAAUGGUCUUGUAAUUUUUCAAGAUGGAACUGGCCAGACAUUGAAGCACACAUCUUUCUUUGGGGUUGAAAACGUGAAAAAUGCAUCGAUGAUAUUUUAUAACAACUUCCCCGCCCGUCUCAAGAAUAUCUUCAUGUACAACAUGGGGGCCGUCAUGGAGGCGUUUGUCGCCAUAUUUUGGCCGUUCAUAUCAAAUAAAAUAAAAGAAAGGUUCAGCUACUUCUCUAACUUAGAGGAACUUUAUCAGAAGAUCCCUAUGGAGUUAUUACCAAAGGAGUACCUACCAGAUGACUACACAGGUCCUCAUGCUGGGACUAUUAGCCAGAUAUCUACCUAUUGGUACCAGCGGAUGACGUCACCCGAGAUGAACAAAAGAAUCAAGACAUUGAGCACUACACAGUUCAAAGUCGACGAGAAGAAACGACCGAAAAAAGGAGAAGACGAAGUUGCAAGCUUCAGAAAACUCAACAUAGAAUGAAACGUUUUGAAUUAAUCUACUCAAUACUCUAUGACAAAUAUAUAUGACACGUCUAUCAUGGCGUCUUCAGAAGAUAACAUAAAAAGUAGUCAUAUGCCACAAAAAUGUGGGACAUUUGCGAGAUAAGCCUUUAUUGAUAUCAUUUUUGAAAAGAAUGGACAUUUCACAUCUAAAAUUGUUCAAAAAUGUGUUCAUUAAAACGAAAUGGAAACGCAUAAUAGCUGGUUCGUGUCCAUGUCCUUAUUAUUCUAUUCACAUGCAAGUGUAUGCAUAAAACCAACGUUCUUUGCACAGUUAUGAACACUAGGGUGCUAAAAUUUUGAUAAAUAUAUACUUUUAAGAUGCAAAUUAGACAAAGGGAUAUUAUUGUAAAUGAUUUAUGUAUGACACUACAGCAUUACGUUGUAGCAUUGCAAUCUUUUAAAGAUGCCACGUAAGGUGAUACCCGGCAGCUCCACCAUUUGAUUUUCUAUUGUUUUAUUUUAUUGACAAACUAAGUUAUGUUGAGGAAUACAAUUUGAUCAAUCUAUUUUCAUUUAAUUUU